GACGAUAGGUAUUCAUCAAAUAAUAUCUCUGCUAAUUAAUUUAGAGUAUUCACUGUUGCUAAUAAUGGCGAAUCUGAAGGGUAAGGUGGAGACUGAAGUUGAACUGAAGGCAACUCCUGAGCAGUUUUAUAACAUGUUCCGGAGAACCGCCCACCAUCUCCCGAACGUCGCCGGCCACCAUAUUAAGGCGGUGGAGGUGCAUGAAGGCGACUGGGAUAGUCAUGACUGUGUUAAGUUCUGGAAUUAUACAAUAGAUGGAAGGGCUGAGACUUUCAAGGAGAAGUUGGAGUUUGACGAUGAAACGAAGACAAUAAGGCUUGUUGGAUUGGAGGGAGAUGUAUUCAAACACUACAAGAGCUUUACACCAAUCUAUGAACUUACUCCAAAGGGUAAUGGAGGCGUGGCAAAAACUGUCAUUGAAUAUGAGAAACUUAGUGAAGAUGUUCCUGCUCCGGACAAGUACCUUGCUAUGGCGGUUAAGAUCGCUCAAGAUAUUGAUGCUCACCAUUCCAAGGAAUAAUCUCCACAAAAUAAAAUAUUUAUCCUUGAAGUUCAAAUAUUUAUGUGAUCAAUUAUGUAUAAUUAUAUAAGUAUAAAUAAUAUGUUUGUGUCAUGUUAUAAAUGAGAGUUUAAUUAACAUAUAAUGUUUGUACUCGUUGUGUUAUGUACUAUGUUCCUUUGUACUCGAAUAAAGAUUUGGACAACUUCAAGCGAAAAA